AUGUUUUCCUACAAUAGCACAGGAGGCGUGCUCGGCCCAGCGCAAAUCCGUCUCCUCCAUCUACUUCCAGCACCGGAGAAUAACGACUCAAUUGAGUGUCGUCUCGAGGUUGUCGCACUCGAAGAAAACCCGAUGUAUGAAGCUCUUUCGUAUUGCUGGGGCGACAGCUCUCAGCUUCAGGAAAUAAAAUGCAACAAUGAAGCAUUCCAAGUCACCGAAAAUCUUCUCAGUGCACUCCAUCACUUGAGGAAUGAGCAUUCCGAGCGAACGCUAUGGAUCGAUGCCAUUUGCAUCAAUCAGAAAGACCUGGAGGAGCGCCAAUCCCAGGUUAAACUUAUGAAAGACAUCUACACCAAAUCCCAGAGGGUGGUCAUCUGGCUGGGUCCCGAUCCAGCCUCUGAUGGAAUCAACCACCUGUUCGAACUGAUACCAACGACUGAAAAUCUUGCACUGCCUCAUAUUAGCAAAAGUGGACGAGAAUUCUUCGAGAAGCAUGUAAUCCCAGCUGGUGGCUGGUAUCAAGCCGAGGACAAAGCUUCCUCCGAAGCCCUGGCUAAGAAUGAUUUUGUUGUACCCGACCCAGCCAAAAAAGGCGCAGUCGCUCUACUGAAGAGACCAUGGUGGUCAAGGGUGUGGACUGUUCAAGAAAUGGCUCUAGCUCCCAGUGCGAUCAUCAUGUGCGGCGAUUUAGCUGCCCCAGUACUGGACGUCAGUCGCACAGUUGGCUAUAUCAUGAUGUACACAAUCAGCAACGCUUUCAAUACAGGGGAUGACGAAGAUGUCUUGAAUCUGGAAGACAGCAUGUUAGCCGACAAUGAUGGCAAACUUGCCGUCGCCAUACUGCGGUUGCGUCGCAGUUUCGGGAAGAACAAGGAGCUUGCAGUGCUGCUCCAUCUUCUUCGGUGGCUGAGAGCCAAAGACCCGAGGGACAAGGUAUACGGCUCUCUAGGCAUCGCCACAUCAACAUAUGGGAUCGAGCCGGACUACACGAUUUCCAUUGUGGAAUGCUACGCACGUGCAGCCUUUAAGAUCAUAAGCGGUAGCUGCUCAUUGGAGAUUUUCAGCACUUUGGGAAGGCCGUCUUGUAUACCACCUACUUUGACAAGCUUGCCUUCGUGGGUUCCUGAAUGGAGUUACGACGUCACUAGUGUUCCGGAUGAAGAGAGAGCCCCCUCCAGCAUCAAGAACCCAAUUACAAGGGAGAACCAGCGAGCACCAAAGUUGUUUGAAAUGAGGGACGCGUUUCCUGAAGAAAAGGCGUCCAAAUCCAACAUACCUUUCACUGCAAGACUUCUAAACGAUGGAAAAACACUAAUUCUCAAGGGUGUCAUCGUGGAUGAGUUGAACAAUGUUGGAGAAAAACUGAUAUACCCUUACGAAGGGCCUCGAAUACAAUCUAACGAUGUAGUCAUGAGCUCAAUUCGAAAUUUCAAGCGACAUGCGAAGAUGGCUGAGGCUCUCGGGGGAACCAUAGCUGUUAUCCAAGGUUGGCAAGACCUGGUGUUCAAAACUGAAAAUCUUUAUACGAUGCCCGGUGAAACCCGAAAGGAUGCUUUCCUCACAACCAUAUUGAGUAACCGGAUUCGUCUCAGUGCUAAUCGACGCCAUGUUCUGGACUGUUUUGGACAGAGUAUAGCAGGCUUUGAUAUGACUACGACUGGCACAGUUAUAAACCAGCUGCAUCUCUCACACGUGGUACCAAAACUCUAUCGCCAACUACUCGGGUACAAGAAAGCAAGCAACAUGGAAAUGAGCGACAUAUUGACGAUGGGGAAGUCCCUCGCCGACGUGCAGUGGGCUUUUGAUCAAAGAAUGGCGACGACGAGCUCGGGAUAUCUCUGUUUGGUUCCUUGGCCUACUCGCUCUGGUGAUCGGAUUGCGCUGCUUCAGGGAGGGAAGACGCCCUAUGUGCUACGGAAGGCAGGGGAGAAAUGGAAGAUCCUUGGGGAUUGCUACGUUCAUGGAAUCAUGUCUGGCGAGGCAUGGAGUGAUGAAAAGUGUGUUGAUAUUGAGAUUAUCUGA